CGGGACCAUCGUUCUCUGGUCGCGACAUCUUCGUCACCAUCGUUCUUGCUGUUGCUGUCCUAUUCCUCUUUCCCGCUCGUUUUAUAGCGAAUGUCGAGUGCACUUGAUCGCCAGGUUCGCCCAAUCUACGAUGCUCUCGAUACUGGAUCGAACAAGUCGGCCAUUGUAACGUGCAACAAGAUACUGAAAAAACAGCCCAAGAAUGAGCUUGUCAAGGCAUUGAAAGCUUUGGCAUUAGUUCGAUCCCAAAAGGUCGAGGAAUCACUGGUCCUUUGCGACGAGGUGCUUGCGGCUAAGCCGACGGACGAUGGAGUCUUAACCGCCAUGAUGCAUGUUCUCCGCGGGUUGGGUCGACACAGAGAUACCGUCGUGAUGUUCGAAGAUGCAUUCAAAAAGGAGCCUACCAACGAAGAUUUAGGGGCCCAAACAUUCUUGUCCAAUGUUCGCGCCGGUCAUUGGAAGUCUGCUCAGCAGAUUGCAACUAAAUUGUACAAAACAUUUCAAGAAGAUCGAUAUUUGUACUGGAGUGUAAUGAGUGCUGUCCUACAGGCAAAUGAUAUGUCGACCUCUAUUGCUAUGCGCCCUGUUCUCUACCAACUGGCUAACAGACUCAUCUCUUCCUCGCCGACACCCUCCUUCCACAGUGCUGACCGAUUCCACCUCCACCUCUCCAUCCUUCGUGAGCUCAAGCUCUAUGAUGAAGCCAUGAAGCUUCUAGACAGCGAGAUCGGCAUUCAUAUUUGUCAAUCCAGUCUCGUAUGCAAUGAAAUGAGGCGUGAUAUUUAUCGUCUUAAAGGGCUACUUAUAGAAGAAGGCAAAAAAGCCGAAAUACUAAUCACGGAAAAGAAAGAUCGCAACUGGCUAGAAUUCCUUUCCGUCAUUGAUGCAACUUUUUCUACCGUGGAUUCUGAUAAAGAUGCUACUAUUGCUGAAUGCUCCAGGGUCAAGGAUCUUUUUACCGGCAUCAUGGAAAAUGAUGGUAAGAGAGACCGCUCUGGGCUCCUCGCUCUUCUCGAACUGGAAAAACGGUGCAGGCAGUACGGUCUUCCAACAGACUCCACUCGAAUGGUUGACCUGAUACAGCAGUAUUUUGAGAAAAUUGGCGACAAAGCAUGCUGUUUCGAGGACCUCUUGCCCUAUGUCCAUUUAGCCGGUGACGAUUUGUCAAGAUGGACGUCGUUCCUACAAUCCGUUCCUUCCACCGUUACGACCACCAACGAACUUCAACGAUCAACAAAUUCCCACAAAUUGUUGCGUCACAAUCUUGCCCAAUCUGAUCUUACGAUAGAAGCAGAGCUCUCGCGUGCCACUCUUUAUACGAAACAAUACUUGGAGGGUCUUCAACUAGGGAAGGAUCUACCAACUACAGAACUUCAACCUGCCGAUGAUCUUGCUAUCUUGGCCGGACACGCCUUCAUCAGUUUGUGGGUUCUGAGCAACGAUGAGAAGUACCUUCUCAAUGCGGUUUCCCUCCUUGAGUUUGCUUCAUCAAAAAGCAAACAGUCUUUCCGGAUACGGCUGAUGCUCAUCAGGCUAUACCGGAUCCUUGGUGCGCCAUCACCCGCUCUGGAGCAUUACCGUGCUAUGCGGAUUAAACAGAUUCAAAAUGAUACGCUAUCUCACUUUCUUUUCUCUCGAUCAUCAAUGUUCUCUUUGGCUCCCUCCGGAGACCUAACUCUUAUGAGCGAGUACGUUGAAGCUUCCCAGAUAUACAUCAACAACUCCCAAGACACCCCGGAAUUCAUCGUUCGAGCAUUCACAUCAGAGAAGUAUUCUCAGAUUCCCGAAUUCAUAUCAUUUGAGAACCGUCUGGAAUGCUCUCUUCAACGGGAUAUCUCGAAGUUAGAGCACACGCGUAUGAGGCUUGCCUUUGAGCCGGUCUCUGUCGAUAUUAUUGACAUGGAGCUCAUUGAAUCAAAGUUCAUUUUUGAUCGAGAGCACUUUGAUAAUCGUGACUACAAAGUUAUGCCUAAUUACCAACCCCGAAUCCAACAAACGUUAAACGAACAGACUCUCUUGUUUGGGAAAUCAGAAGGGUUGGGUUGGCUCUGGUCAUUCUUAAAGCUGUAUGUCAGGGCGUUCCAGCAUGGAAGCGACCUCGAUGAAACCGUCGAAGAGAAACUACUGAUCGGGGACCGGCCGAAGCAUAUUCCAAACGCCCACCAUUGUCCCCUGAAGGAGCGUUUGCACCAGCGGAGUGAAGAAGAACUAUUGGAGUUGACACCACACGAAUUGACCUACAUCCGUUACGCCGAUGUGCUAGCAGAUUGGUUAGAGCCACACCACGAUUAUGUUCGACCACCACCGGCAGUCGUGUUGGCAGAGGCUGCCAAACAGACAGAGCUUAAGACGGGUCACCCUCUGAAAGGCAUUGAGCUUCCAGUAUUGGACGGCAUCUCUAAUGGUCACAAGAAAGACGAAGAAGCUCCCCCUGUGACUGAGGCUCCGGCAGAACUAACAACGUUCUUUGAUGAUAUGAAAGCAAGAUUUGAGAAAGUGAAGGAACAGUCCUCUCCGACUGAAGCGCUUGCUGUUGCUUGCCUCAUGCAGGAGGCGUUGAUCUUGUUCAUGCUUGAAACUCUGCGAUUCAAGCAGGCUUCUGUCGUCAAGAUACACAAAUUAGGAAAUCUGGUGGCGUCCUUUAAAGCUAUCCGAACUCAUGCGCUUGCUGCUGUCCGAGAUGUGUCAGCGCAGCUCGUCAAGAUGAGCGAGAACGAAGGCACUGUCGAGCAGCGAAAAAUCAUUGUGGACUCGUGUGCCGAAGUCACCAUGUCAGAGCUUGAUCAUGAUUUUGUGCUCAACGUGGCCAAAAAAUUAUCUGACGCACGCAAAAAGGUGUUGGAAGGGUAUGGGAAGGGGAUGUUACGCGUUUGCACCUUGUAUGCGAACUGAAGUAGUUUGAAUUUCAUAUUUUCGAUUCCUGCGAGUAAAUAGCGGUCAAAGCGGCGAAUUUGUGGAUAGGGCAGGAAUUUGUUU